CUGGGCUGGGCGGGCUCUAGUUCCUCAACGGCUGACAAUGGCCGACAAGCUGAGCGCACUAAAUUUUUUAUUUCAAGUGCAAAAAAUUGGAAUGUGAUGUAAGCCAGGCGUUGAUUGAGGAAUGCAGAGCGCAGUUCGCUUUGUUGACCGAUAAUGAUCGGCUUAAUUGAAUAAUAGUCAAUAGGCCUACAAGGAAGCGCCGGCAGCGCUGAACUUGAAAAAACGCACAACAAAAGCCGUCAACAGACCGAAAAACAACGACAAAUGAAACCAGUUUGCUACGCAAUUGUCACACAAUUGUCAACGCGUAUCUAUGAGAUACUUUUGUAUCUUGCUCUUGUACUUAUUACCGGUUUGGCCUCUGUGUGUGUGUGUGUGGGUGCACAGUGUCUGUGGGCAUGGCCAUGCUAAUUCUAGCCACCCGCCCGCUCCAUAUAAAGUGACAAGCGCGCAGCCCCAACCACAUCAUUUAGCAAGCGUCGCUCACAACGCCAAGUGUCGACAUCCGUCUAGGACCACCAAUUCGAACCGGAUCGCGUUAUAUCCACAACUCGAACACUCUGCCCUCGUGUGCGCUCGAACCGAAAAAACUCGAACACGUGUGUGUGCGUCUCUACACAGUCGAACAGAAGACUCAAGCUAACAAAAUGGCAAGCCAAUUUCUGACUGCUCUGUCGCUUCUGGCGCUGACCGGCUGCUGCUUGGGCGGCUUUGCAGCCACUUACUCGGGCUUCCAUCCAGGAUAUGCCACCUAUCAGUCGGCCCCAGCCGUGUACCAUGCUGCGCCCGCUGCUGUCUACCAGCAGGCGGUGGCAGCCCCAGUGCUGGCCAAAAGUGUGCUGCCCGUCGCACCUGUUUACGCCAAGUCCUAUGCUGUGCCCACGCCCUUUGUCAAGGCCGUUGCUCCAGUGGCCACCUAUGCGGCCGCCCCUGCACUUGUGAAGACUGUGGCUGCUGCACCUUUGGCUCCGGUUGUCAAGCAGGUGGAGCUGGAGUCGUCGCCUCGUUACGAUUUCUCCUAUGGUGUGCACGACUCGCUCACAGGCGACAUCAAGAGUCAGGUAGAGAGUCGCGAUGGUGGCAACGUGGUUGGCUCCUACAGCGUGCUCGAUGCCGAUGGCUACAAGCGCACAGUGACCUACACAGCCGACGACAUCAAUGGCUUCAAUGCAGUGGUGCAGCGUGUGCCACUGGUGGCUGCACGUGCCCUGCCGGUGCCUGUGGCACCUGCUGUUGCUGCUGCACCUGUGGCUCAUCUGCCAGCGCCCAUUUACUACCCACAAGCUCAGCAGCAGCUCUUCCAGCCACAGCAACAGCAGCUCUUCCAGCCACAGCAGCAGCAAGUCAAUGUUGAACAGGAGAGUGAAGUUGUGGAAGCGCCACGUCAACCUGAACAGGAGCCAGCACCUGUCGAUUACUCGGAUGUGCAACAGCAGCAGCAGCAGGUUUACCCACAGGAUCAGCAGUUUCCACCUUACCCAUCUGCCUCGCCCGCACCUGUUGACGAUUCGGACAGCGAUGUGGUUGAGGCGCGCUCCGCCCAGGAGUCAGGCAGCACCACUGCUGCUCCAGCUGCCGUUGAGGAGGGAAACCAGAAGAACCAGGACAACAAGUCCGCUUAGAUUGUGAUCCCAUUGCAUAAUUCCACAAAGCUUGUUGAGAUUAAAACCGAAUAUAUACAAAAAUUCAAGUUCAAAGUUUUUUUCU